GUCGAUACUUCAGCAAGAUAGAUCUGAAGUCCGGGUACCAUCAGAUUGCCAUACGGCCCGAGGAUCAACACAAAACCGCUUUUCAGACCAGGUACGGUCUGUACGAGUUUGUGGUGAUGCCUUUCGGCCUUUGCAAUGCUCCUGGCACCUUUCAACACGCUAUGAAUCGGAUAUUCCAUGACUACUUGGAUAAGUUUGUCAUCGUGUACCUUGAUGACAUACUUAUUUUUAGUAAGACUGUCGAGGAACAUGUUGCACACUUGGACAAAGUCCUCGGUCUCCUGCGACAGCACAAGUUCAAGAUCAACAGUGAGAAAUGCGAGUUUGGCCGCACCCAUGUCUUGUACUUGGGUCAUGAGAUCUCCGCAGAAGAGUUGAAGCCCGAUGACGCGAAGGUGGCCAGCAUUCGUGAUUGGCCACGUCCUCAGUCUGUGACAGAGAUGAGAUCUUUCUUAGGAAUGACAGGCUACUAUAGGACUUUCGUUAAGAACUACAGCAUAGUGGCCACUCCUUUGACUGAUCUGACCCGCCUUGACACCCCUUGGGAGUGGACAGAUAAGUGCGAGGCUGCUUUCAGACAUCUGAAGUAUGCAUUGACGCACUAUGAAGUCUUGAAACUUCCUGAUCCUGACAAGCCGUUUAUAGUUACAACGGAUGCCAGCCCAUAUGGCAUUGGCGCCGUGCUUGCGCAGCAGGAGGGGUCAAAGUUGAGGCCAGUAGAGAACAUGUCCAAGAAAAUGCCGUCUCAGAAGUUGGCUAAAUCCACUUAUGAGAAGGAACUCUAUGCGGUAUACAAGGCUCUUACCCAUUUGAGACACUACCUCCUUGGGCGGUUCUUCAUCCUUCGGACUGAUCAUCAGACCCUGAGAUGGAUGAGAACACAGCCGGUACUCUCUAACGCUCUCAAGCGUUGGAUCAAAGUCAUUGAGCAAUAUGACUUUGACCCUCGGUAUCUCAAAGGGGAGUACAGCAAGGUUGCUGAUGCCUUGUCGCGCAGACCGGACUUCUCAGGUGCGCUGACUACUGAGUUCGAUCUGACGGACAAAUGUUACUAAGUCUUUGGUGGAAGCCUAUCGUCAGGACCAGUUUAUGUCUGAGAUCAUACGCAGACUUGAGGCG